AUGAGCGACCGCAAACGUGCCUGGGAAGGCAAUGGGGACACGAACGCGUCUAAGAAGCAGAAAAGUACCGUCACUCCUUCCCAUGCUACUCCUUCAGGCGGCGCGCUCUCCGGAGAUGCUCUAAUUGCCCAAAAGAGGGCUGAGAUUGCGGCCAAGAUUGCAGCAAUGAAGAAGAGUGCUCUGGGAGGGUCCCCAGCUACUACUCCCGCAUCAGCGUCAGCGUCCGCCACCGCCAGUCCAUCACCUCCAGUCGCAGAAGACAUGGCUCGUCGGAUCGCGGACGUCAAGAAGCGCGUGUCCGAACAGCAGAGCAAGCUGUCUUCGAGAGACAACCCGUACAUGGCUAUGCCACAGAACAAGAAGAAGGCACCUCCCCCUCCUGCAGAGCCGGCCCCGCAAGGCGCAGGUUUGAAGAUGGCAGCCCAUCCGCUCUUGCUGGACAACACCCCCACCGCUCCACAAUCGAAGAAGGAUAGGUACAAGCCCAUGCAACCUAAAUUCGCCUCGAUCAAAGCCAAUGUGAGGAACGCGCCGAUCCCUCCGCCUGCUCCGACGCCGACGGUAUCUAUGGAAACGUCUGCAAAUCCUUACGCUUCGGCUGCAUCUGCGCCCACGGAGAGCGGAUUCGACGGUGCUCCUAAGGAGCGUGUGGGCCGACAAUUCCGAUUCAAUCCCAAAGGCAAAUACGUGCAGAUUGCGAACCAAGUUCGCCAGGAGGCUCAACUCGAACAGCUGAAGCAGCGUAUCGCGGAGAGUGCUAGGAAGGCUGGUCUGGACUCGGAGUUUGAGACGCUUGAGAAGCACAUCAGACGAGAAGCUCCCCCGGAAGCUGAGUGGUGGGACGCGGCUCUUCUUCCGAGCAAGUCAUACAACGAUAUUGAAGAAGGGAUGCAAAAGCUCAACAUCCGAAAUGCCGAUUCGCCUAUCACUCUAUAUAUCCAACAUCCCAUCCCAAUUCCUUCUCCGAUGGACAAGAAUAAGGUCGUAGCGAAGCCCUUGAAACUCACGAAGAAGGAGCAAAAGAAAAUGCGGAAACAGCGUCGACAGGCAGAGUUACAAGAUAAGCGUGACCGUAUUCGUAUGGGUCUUAUUCCUCCAGACGCCCCCAAAGUCCGUCUCGCCAAUCUCAUGAAAGUGCUGACGUCCGACGCCGUGCAAGACCCCACAAAGGUGGAAGCGCGCGUUCGCCGGGAAGUCGCGAUACGCAAACACCAGCAUGAAAAAAUGAACGCGGAGCGUAAGCUCACCGACGAGCAGCGCCGGGAGAAGAUCGAUACGAAGAAGCACGAAGAGGAGAAGAAGGGUAUCUACGGUGCCGUUUUCAAGGUGAAAACUCUCUCCGACCCAGCGCACCGCUUCAAGGUGCGCAAAAACGCAGAGCAGAGGAGCCUCACCGGCGUCUGCAUCUUCCACCCGAACUUCAGUAUGGUCUAUGUCGAGGGCGCUGCGAAGUUCGUCCGGGAGUACAAGCGCCUCAUGCUCCACCGCAUUGCGUGGACCGAGCCCGCGCGCGAGCGCGGCGAGGAGGAUGUCGAGCUCGAGGACGCAGAGGACGACACCACGGCGGACGGGGGCAAGGGCAAGGGCAAGGUCGCUAUCGAGGGCGAUAGCGAGGCCGCGCCGAUCUCGCUCGAGGACAACCAGUGCUGGCUCGUGUGGGAGGGCCAGCUGCGCGACCGGUCAUUCAACAACUUCAAGCCGAAAAGCUGCCCGACUGACGGCGCGGCGAAGGAGGUGCUUGGGCAGAAGCUCGCGGGGUACUGGGACCAGACGAAGAACUGGAAGCCGGAGGAGGAGGAGCUGUUCUGA